AUGUACACGCCUUCUAUUCACUUCUAUUCACUUCACUUAAACCACCGCUCUCUUCCUGUCAUCUCUAAAUCCUGGUUGUCUGCUGAUGCUGCGGCGAUCCUCACUACGGAACGGAGCAGAGUCGCCCCCAUCAUGAAGCUUCUCCUGACCACUCAAGCUGUUUCCUCACUCCCCUCUCCUCACGCCGCUCCGAGCAGUGCCCACAGUUCUGUACCAGGGGACCCCUCUCACCUCCAGACACUGUCCCAUCUGCUGCACAGCGACCCGGCCUCGUCCCGCCUGGCUGAGGGCCCGAAUCCCGAAACACAACAAUUAUGCCCAAUGUAG